UUUAAAAAAAAUGUAGUGGGGCGCGAGCUCGCAGUGUCACGCGCAGAGUGCUGCGGGACUCCAGAGAGCAAGCGAGCUCUGCCUCUCCGACGGAUAUAAAAGAAAACAGACACUGUAGAGUCAACUAACUUCAGCCUGAUUGACAGAAAAGGCAAAGUCGGAGGAAAUUAAAUGAGUGAAUAAAAAGAGAACAGCUAACGUUAGUUGAACAGCUGACGGGACCGACCCACCACGCUGGCAGUCCGCUGCUUGACACCGGACCGUUAGUUCAUUCGAACCGCUGGAUUAAACUGCCAGAGAAGAUAUUUUACACAAGUGUUUUUCUUUGAGUAAGAAGUUUAUUUUACACCUUGUGCAAGAUGUUCAGCUGGGCGAACAAGGACGGGAAGAAAAAGGACCCCGAACUGUUUCAGACGGUUUCUGACGGGCUGAAGCGACUCUACCGGACCAAACUCUUUCCUCUGGAAGACACCUACCGCUUCCACGACUUCCACUCUCCGGCUCUGGAAGAUGCUGAUUUCGAUAACAAGCCCAUGGUACUUUUAGUGGGCCAGUACUCCACGGGGAAAACCACUUUUAUUCGGCAUCUGAUGGAGCAGGAUUUCCCCGGGAUGCGCAUAGGCCCCGAACCCACGACCGAUUCAUUCAUAGCGGUAAUGCACGGCGAUCAGGAGGGUCUCAUCCCGGGCAAUGCUUUAGUGGUUGACCCCAAGAAACCCUUCAGAAAACUGAACGCCUUCGGAAACGCUUUUCUGAACAGGUUUAUAUGCGCUCAGAUGCCAAAUCCAGUUUUGGACAGCAUCAGCAUCAUAGACACGCCUGGAAUCCUGUCUGGAGAGAAACAGCGGAUCAGCAGAGGUUAUGACUUUGCUGCCGUGCUGGAAUGGUUUGCCGAACGCGUGGAUCGCAUUAUUCUUCUCUUUGAUGCACACAAGUUGGACAUCUCGGAUGAGUUCUCAGAGGUGAUCCGAGCUCUGAAAAAUCACGAGGAUAAGAUGCGGGUGGUUCUCAACAAAGCUGAUCAGAUCGGGACCCAGCAGCUCAUGCGGGUGUAUGGUGCCCUCAUGUGGUCGCUUGGUAAAAUUGUCAACACCCCAGAGGUCAUCCGAGUCUACAUUGGUUCUUUCUGGGCUCAACCUCUCCUGGUUGCAGAUAACAGGAAACUGUUUGAGGCAGAGGAACAAGACCUUUUCCGUGACAUCCAGGGACUUCCACGAAAUGCAGCAUUGCGCAAGUUGAAUGACCUUAUCAAACGGGCCCGUCUAGCCAAAGUUCAUGCCUACAUCAUCAGUGCCUUGAAGAAAGAAAUGCCAAAUGUUUUUGGGAAGGAAAAUAAGAAAAAGGAGCUCAUUGCUAACCUGGGUGACAUCUAUGCAAGGAUUGAAAAAGAACAUCAGAUCUCCCCUGGUGAUUUCCCUAAACUCAGUAAAAUGCAGGAAGUCCUCGCUGGUCAAGAUUUCACCAAGUUUCAGGGACUGAAGCCCAAACUGCUGGAGGCAGUGGAGGAUAUGCUGGCCAACGAUAUUGCCAAACUCAUGACCCUCGUUCGACAGGAGGAGGCUGCCAUGCCCAGCCAGGCUGUCCAGGGUGGUGCCUUUGACGGCACCAUGAAUGGACCCUUCGGGCAUGGCUAUGGAGAAGGUGCUAGUGAAGGCAUUGACGAGCUGGAGUGGGUAGUUGCAAGAGACAAGCCAACCUACGACGAGAUCUUCUACACCCUGUCACCUGUCAACGGGAAGGUCUCUGGUGCCAUGGCCAAGAAGGAGAUGGUCAAAUCCAAGCUGCCUAACAAUGUUUUAGGAAAGAUCUGGAAGCUUGCUGAUGUGGAUAAGGAUGGGUACCUGGACGAUGAAGAGUUUGCCUUAGCUAACCACCUCAUCAAGGUUAAACUGGAAGGUCACGAGUUACCUGUUGAUCUUCCUGAUCACCUUGUGCCUCCUUCUAAACGAGGACAGUAAACAAUUUGGGAAAAUAAAUAUUGUCAUUGAGCCAGUCUUUGAGGUUAUGUAUGUGGGUGGAUUUGAGAGGGUCUGGGAAAAAAUAUAUAAACAGAAUUUAUGAUAUUAUUAAACAAUAUGCAUUAGCUGCGGGAAUAGAGCCAAAUAGCUUUUAAUUUAUCUAUCACUACAGUUUGUCAUUCUCACUAUUAUUCUGUUCUUUGGUUUUGUUUAAACGGCGUCGGCAACCUAAUCAAAACAAUAAAAAAAUUGAUAAAUUGGACAGCAUCCAGUUUUUGUAUUUUUUCAAAUGCUUGAUGUAGCCAAAUUCAUGGCGUAUGAUGGUAUGUUGUCUAUUAUGACCAAACUAUAGGUAUUUAGUUUAACAUCUUACACUGAUGCUGCUUCAUACAUCAAGUCAUGCAGGGAGAAAUAGCUGUGCUUGAUUUUUUAACCUACAUUUAGCUUUGCUGAUGGGUCCAUGUUACCUGGAUCCUGGGAACACCAGAGCUUUACCAUCUACCAUUCGGACUUGUCAAUUUGACCUUUUUUUCGCAAUGCGGUGCUGCAUUCUUGUAUUGUUUGUUCACUGAUGUUGUGUUAUCAGCUGUGAUGGUUCAAAAGUUUUUAUAACCAUUCAAAAGGAAGUGUCUAUGAAACAUUUAACAGACCGAUAAUCCAGUUGUAUGAUCUGUGUCAGUAGUAGCGUCACUCUUAUUGGCUGCUGCCUGUUAUUGAGUGCCUCACCCUGCUACAAUGUCAAAAGCUUCUAUAUAAAUACUGUUCAUAUGUAUAUUUUUUGGUCUCAAGUUUGCAAUAAAAAAACUGCUGCAGACCUGCA